AUGGCUACAGAAACACAGACUGUGCCAGGCGUGCCCUUCCAAGAGCUUCCCGAGUACCAGCAAGCCGAAGAGUCCAAGCACGAACGUGAGCCACUCAAUCCAAGCGUCUUCACUCUCGACUCGAACGGAGAGGAGAAUUGACUCGACAUAGUGGACUGGGCUGAUCUCAUCACCCUCGAUCUCUCCCAAUUCGACGCCCCCAACGGCAAGCAGAAGCUAGCCAACCAGCUGCGUGAUGCCGUCCACAAUGUCGGCUUCUUCUACGUGAGCACCACACAACACCCUGCACCAUCUUCGCAACCUUCCCAUAUGCAGAGACAGACUGCAGUAACAACCAAGUGAAUAUCAGCACUCACACACUCCCCUCAAAACAGAUAACAAACUUCGGCCUCACCCAGACCCAAAUCAACCGCCAGUUCGCCAUCGGAAAACAACUCUUCGCCCUGCCGGAAGCCGAGAAACUAAAGUAUCGCGCCGACCUCGAGAAUGGGCACUACAGCGGCUACCGCCCCCAGGGCACCAUCGAACUCUUCCCGGGCCUCCGCGACAACGUGGAAAUGUACAACGUCUUCAAAUUCCUCCCCGCCCUGCAGCGCUCCCACCCGGCCAUCAUCACCGCCCACCGCGCCGAGAUCGAACGCUUCCAGCGCGCCAUCGCCCAGGACAUCAUCCCCAAACUCCUCACCCUCAUCUCCCUCAUCCUCGAACUCCCCGACGAAGCCCACCUCUCCCGCGGCCACGAAUAUUCCGACCCCAGCGAUUGCCACCUCCGCUACAUGAUCUACCGCGCCCGCUCGGCGCAGGAGAACGCGCGCUUCCAGAACAUCUACUCGCGCGGCCAUACGGAUUUCGGCAGUCUGACGCUGCUUUUCCGCCAGCCUAUUGCCGCGCUGCAGAUCCGCACCAGGGAAGGGGAGUGGAAGUGGGUGCGGCCUCAUCCGGAGAGCAUCACGGUGAAUAUUGCGGAUGUGCUGCAGUUCUGGACGAAUGGGUAUUUGAAGUCUUCGGUGCAUCGGGUUGUGGCGCCGCCGGACGAUCAGGCGCAUUUGGAUCGCUUGGGGUUGUUGUAUUUCUUACGGUGAGUGGAAACCGUCCCGCUGAUUGCCUUCUCUUCGCACAUUAAAAUUUGAUCUCGACGGGGCACAUGGCUGCCGUUAUCUUGACCCUCUCCCCAAAUUCCGGGAGAGAGAGAGAGAGAGAGACAGAGAGCACCACCCCACAACCACAAACCCACUCUCCAUGCUGACUCUUCCCCAACCACCUAGCCCAACACACGACCUCGAUCUCAAAACGGUAGACAGCCCCCUACUGAAACGUCUCGGCCUCAAGAAGGAUUCCGACGACGACGAGGAGGCGGCGGGGAUCAAAGCCGGGGAUUGGGUGCGGAUGCGAGUGAAGCAGAACCAAGAUCGGGCCGUCGACGAUAGUAGUAGCCAGAAGGAAAGGGAGAAGGAAGUCCUCGGCGGCGUCAAAGUGAAAUAUUACGAUUGA